UCUCUCUCUCUCACACACUUACUCACCGGAGAACUGUUAUCUUUUAGAUCUUUGGACUCCAUGGGGUGGAUUUCAGCACUUGGAUGUAUUGCCAUGUUGCUUAUGUUCUCUGCAACUUUGAACAAAGGAUCCAAAUGUGACGCUCCUUCAAGUCCUCAGUGUUUUAGAAGAAACGAGUCGCCCGAUUACACGUGUGAAUGGCACAUGAACACAACACGCAGUGACGUGACGUUUGACCUCCACAUUGGCACAGAAACAUUUAGGGACAAAACAGAGACCCACGCUGAGUUCACUGAGGAGAAGCUCAUCAAAUAUAGAGCUGUGGACAUCUGGGUGGACGCCCGUGUAGAAAACUCCACGUGCUCUUCGAUCAGGACAUCUGUUGUACUCAACGAAACAGUUAAAUUCAUAGCACCGCAAGACGUUUUAGUUUCCUGGAUACAAAACCACCUGACUCUGACCUGGAUGGCAGCAGAGAAACACCCUGCCUUGGUAGAGGUCUGGUUUCGAAAAGCUGACACUCUGUCAUGGGAAAAGAGACAAGACCUGACAAAGCUCAUGCCCAGUUUGAUGUGUGAGUAUGUCUCUUUAUUUGCAGUGAUGGGCACAGACAUGUUAGUUAUUAAGCAUCUUCAAAAGCAUACAGCUUACCAGGUUCGGCUCAGACAACAGACAAAAGCGGCUCUCAACCCACUGUGGAGCGACUGGUCUCCAACUGUGAUUGCCCCUUCAGAGCUUGAACAUAAACUGGAUGUCAACAUGACGCUGGAAGCAUUAGAAGGCGUUCGCAAGGUCACGCUCGUGUGGAAGCCAGUGCAACCUUCAGCAGCAGUCUCAGGAGUCGCUUACAUCCUGAACGACACUCAGUCUUCCAGAAGAUGUCCUUGUAAGAAGAAAGUACAUCGCAUGGAGAAGACGGAAUACACAUACUACGUGUCCUACUCUCCCGUCAGCUUCUCUGUUGUUGCCAGGAAUGCAGCAGGCUAUUCUCCCCAAGCCGUCAUACAAGUACCGGCCGAAGUGGCUCACAAUUUAAAAUCUUGUAAUAAAACAAUGGACAAGAAAGUCAAAAAGUGCACCUGCCGUGAGUGGUACGAGCUUCAAGGCGAAGACUUGAGGCCGGAAAGUGUCCCAAGUUUCACAGAGACCACUAGAAGGAAGGUCAAUAGAAACAGCAUUAAGGACUAUGUGGGCUACCUUUACUUUGAACACCUGUGUGUCAAAAACAGACCAAAAACAGUCAAUAUGUGUCUCUUUUAUCGAAAGGAAAACGUUACGAAAAAAGCUCCCCAGGAGUUGUUUGCUUUUAAUCAAACACGCAAUUCUAUGACGGUGUCUUGGAAAGCCAUUCCUCUGGUGGAGCGGAGAGGUUUCCUCAUUCACUACAACUUGUGCAGUGUAAUCAUCCAUUCUCAGGACGAGCAGAAACAAUGUCACCUCAUACCGGCUUCUUUGCUAAAAUUCCAACUGGAAAACCUGAGGCCUAAUGCCACAUACAACAUCAGUGUAGCUGGGGUGACAGCAGCAGGAGAAGGUCCAAAGGCCACGAUAACUAUCAGCACACUGCGGUUGAAUUUUAUGGAUGGCGUGUUGAAACUUGGCUUGGUGUUGGCGACCAUAUUCAUCCUGCUACUAAUAGUGUGCACGUGUAUCUGCAAAAGAAUGAAAAAGAAGAUAUGUCCUCCAGUGCCAAAGCCCACUUUUUUACAGUUGGCCUUUCAUCAACCAGUGAAUCAGAACUGGACACAGGAGGAGCAUGAGGAGGUGGAGCAUGACGUGACACUGCAGCCGCUGAGUGAGACCCUCGCCAAGAAUGCAAAUGAGACGGCGAUGUCAUUGCACAUUGAUAUAAGGAGGACAGAUUCAAUGGUGUCUGAGGAGACCAAUGGCGAUAACAUCAUCUCGAAGGCCCUGACGGAUUCCAAAGAGGAAAUGCCAAAUAUGGAAGAAGAGGAUUUGCUUGCGUUGCUGUUAUACAGAAAAGGAUUGGUCUUUGAUAUGAAGACAGACUCAUGUUAAAUGGAUUCAAAGUAAUUUACUGCCAGAGAGCGUGGAUUUUUUGAACAAUCCAAUUGACUCAAAUUCUUACGAUGGAAAAGUCUUACACAAAAACACGUUCUUUCUAAAAAGUGAGGUCACAAUGAAGACCCAAAUAUUAAACAAAUAUGUCAUCUUAAUAUUACUAUGUGUGGUUGUAGAAUGGAUCUAUUGUCAGAGUGGGCGAAUUAAGCCAAAUAUUGAAGGCAGUGCAUCAAUACCAGUAUUGGAUCAAUACUAUAGUGAUAGAUUCAAUAUAUUUAGUCCUUCGUAUGUUC